AUGGCUGAGCAGGUGGCCCUGAGCCAGACGGAGGUGUGUGGCAUCCUCCGGGAAGAACUGUAUCGUGGGGAUGCCUUCCACCAUUCAGAAACACACAUUUUUAUCAUCAUGGGCGCCUCGGGCAACUUGGCAAAGAAGAAGAUCUACCCUACCAUCUGGUGGCUGUUCCGGGAUGGCCUUCUGCCUGAAGCCACCUUCAUCGUGGGCUUUGCCCGCUCUCGCCUCAGCAUGGCCGAUAUCCGCAAACAGAGCGAGCCAUUCUUCAAAGCCACCCCCGAGGAGAAGCCGAAGCUUGAGGAAUUCUUUGCCCGCAACUGCUAUGUGGCCGGCCACUACGACGACCCUGCCUCCUACCAGCGCCUCAACAGCCACGUGAACGCCCUCCACCAGGGCUCCCAAGCCAACUACCUCUUCUACCUGGCUCUGCCCCCCACCGUCUACGAGGUCGUCACCAAGAACAUCAGUGAGACCUGCAUGAGCCCCACGGGCUGGAGCCGCAUCAUCUUGGAGAAGCCCUUCGGCAAGGACCUGCAGAGCUCUGACCGCCUGUCCAACCACAUCGCCGCACUGUUCCGGGAGGAGCAGGUCUACCGCAUCGACCACUACCUGGGCAAGGAGAUGGUCCAGAACCUCAUGGUGCUGAGGUUUGCCAACAGGAUCUUCGUUCCCAUCUGGAACCGGAACAACAUCGCCUGCGUGAUCCUUACCUUCAAGGAGCCCUUUGGCAUCGAGGGCCGCGGCGGCUACUUUGAUGAAUUUGGAAUUAUCCGUGAUGUGAUGCAGAAUCACCUCCUUCAGAUGCUGAGUCUGGUGGCCAUGGAGAAGCCCGCUUCCACCAAAUCGGAUGACGUCAGGGAUGAGAAGGUCAAAGUCUUGAAGUGCAUCACUGAAGUGAAGGCUGAAGACGUGGUCCUGGGGCAGUAUGUGGGGAACCCCAGCGGAGAAGGUGAGGCCACAAAAGGGUAUCUGGACGACCCUACGGUGCCCCAAGGUUCCACCACGGCCACCUUCGCUGCUGCCAUCUUAUAUGUCAAGAACGAAAGGUGGGAUCGCGUGCCCUUCAUCCUGCGUUGCGGCAAGGCCCUGAACGAGCGCAAGGCCGAGGUGCGGCUGCAGUUCCGAGAUGUGGCGGGGGACAUCUUCCACCAGCAGUGCAAGCGCAACGAACUGGUGAUCCGCGUGCAGCCCAAUGAGGCCGUGUACACCAAGCUGAUGACCAAGAAGCCCGGCAUGUUUUUCAACCCUGAAGAGUCUGAGCUAGACCUCACCUACAGCAGCCGAUAUAAGAACGUGAAGCUUCCUGAUGCCUACGAGCGCCUCAUCCUGGACGUCUUCUGCGGGAACCAGAUGCACUUCGUGCGCAGUGACGAGCUCCGGGAGGCCUGGCGGAUUUUCACCCCGCUGCUGCACAAGAUUGAUCACGAGAAGCCCCAGCCCAUCUCCUACGUUUAUGGCAGCCGAGGGCCCACGGAAGCAGAUGAACUGAUGAAGAGAGUCGGCUUCCAGUAUAAAGGCGGCUAUAAGUGGGUGAACCCCCACAAGCUCUGAAGGCCUGCUCCCCGCCCCUGUGCCUGUGUUGCCCUCAGUUGAUCAGGACUUUGUGACCAGGUGACAACCCCACAUUCCCCAACCCCCUCAGCUCAGCCUUGAGCUCCCAGUACAUUCCAAAAUUCUGGCUGUAAGCAAGGAUCUUCCUGCAGGCACCAUCUACUGUUCCCAAGGCCCAGGACAGGAGUCAUGAUAGUGGGCACCACCAGGGAGCUAUGAGCUUGUCCAUUCUCCCUCAGAAAGGAGGGAGUCGUGCCCCUGAGAACGUGCUGUGGCACCAUUAGACAUUCCAGCACACUCCCAUGUCUAUGGCCCCGGAGGCACCCCCACCAACAGCUCCUCCA